AUGAAGUCGAAAGGCAGUUUUUGUGUUCUUCUCAUCUUCUUCAUGAGCUUCGAUUACAUUCUUGGGAGUGCAACUUACAAGUCCUUAAUUUGGGAUCCUGAAAAUCUACUGUAAGUGAAAAUCCCUCGUUGCAUGUUUCAUGUCUGUCUCUUUCAUUAUUCCUCUCCUACAUGAACGAGCAACGUUACUUCUUUUAUUCUUUCUAAUUUUCUAAAUCGAUAGUAGAUUGCGAAACCUGAAAGCAAUAUCAAAGUUAGUUUCCCAUAGCUAUUCAUAUGUUUUAAGAUGUUAAGAUUUCAACGCGCAGCAGACCUGUAAUUUCUUGCAGUAUAUUCAGUAUGAUAUAGUGAGAGGGAAUUUGACACCCGAUCGUUUCUCUAAUCUCUGUUUCAUUAUUUCCUCAUGCUCAGCACCUUAAAGGUAAAGUAGACUCAUGCUUCAUGUGGUAAGCUUCGCCUUUUGAUAACAUCUACCUUUGGUCUUCCAAAGGCUCUCAUUCUGCAUUGAAAAUACGGUCGAAACUAUCGAUUUAUAGCGAUGUCUUUUCGAGUUGUACUAUUGAACUCGUAGCCGAUGUUUAUUUUGCCUUUGUGUACUACAGGACGAUAUUGGCGGCUUCUAUCCUAUUUAGUCCCAAACUAGCAAAUAACAUGAACAACUUGCACAUUUUAUGCGGCCUUAUAACUGCAAUUCGAGUUCUCGGAAAGAAACGAGUUAUUAUAAACGUCUUUCCGCCAUCAUCCCGAAACUUCCAUGUUGUUAAAAUCAAGCGAACUUUGGUCUAAUGUUCCUAUCGUAUCUACUGAUAUUACUUCGUGUCGGAAAACUCUUCCUUUUCGGUAGGACUGCCGACAGAAAGAUUUAUAUUACUUAACGCAGUUUCGUCGUUUUGAAUAUACGGUAAAGAAAUAUCCGUGACAAGUUAAGGCAGAUAGGUCAUUCGAGCGUUGGCGAGAAGUUUUUUAAUUACAGUUUACCAAAAUUUACAGCUGAAUAGGGUCUAAGUAAACAAUUCAGAGCUGCAUCAGUCGCACAUGUUCCUUAAAACCGCUAUGUUUUUUAACAUAUACCUGAAGAUGUAAACAUGAAUUCUACAUGUUAAUUAGAUUGAAAUGGUCUCUUAAAUCAGUCCUUGGGUAUAUCCGUGUAGAUCGGCUUGACUGAGCCUUAAGGGAAGCGAAACCUUGCUAGCAAUGAAGGAAGGCAUAGCGUUUUAAAAGUUAAGAAUUGACAGAUUAAGUUUCAGAGUUCUGAUUAUUACAAUGUGAUUCUUAUACAUUCAUAAUUGUACAUAUAGUCACUCUGAGUUUGGAAGAACAUAGUUCAUGCAGACAUACAGAAUAAAGGGUGUUCAUCACAUGGCAGAAUACUCCAAGCCACUUCACAAACAAUACAUUUAUAAAGCGUAUCUCUACUCCUAAACUUCCUUUUUACGGUAUGUGCAAAUCCAAUUUCUCAGAUUUCCCUCUCAGUCAAUUGUGCAUAAAAAUGGAUUAACUAUAUAUCUUGAUGACCUACAAAAAUUGUCACUCAUGCAUGUUAAGGUUGAUAUUGGCAUAGACUUGUCUCAAAUGAUUGUGAAGUUUAUUGUGCUUUGGAUCAAAUGUGCUAUAUGCAUGUAUACACAUGCAUAUCUAUCUGAAAGUUCUGAUGAAGUAGUUAGCAAUAGUUAGUAGGGAUGAACACAUCAGAAGUUCUCAUAAAAUAUACUUGCACUGUAUUUGGGAGUAGACACUUACAAUUUACAUAGAUUUUAUAGGUUUUGGCUUUCAAACUGUGGGGUUGAAAUUUGUGCAUCAUGAGCUAGAGCUGCAACCCAGCGUAAAAGGUCCUACUGGGUCACUUUGAUUAAGUUGUUUCUCAUGGGGGAAAGCAUGUGCAUGGCUAAGCACUGUAUGCUUUAUCAGGUAGUAGGGUAAUCAGUCAAAUCAGCUAAAAUCUGGAAAGGGUGAUCAUAAGAAAUACAGAAGAAAAAAUGAGUAUUUAAAAAUUUAUAAACAUUUCUAGGCAUUCAGUGCUGCAACUGAUCUGAUUGGAGGUAGUUAGACUUCACUUUUUUCUUGGUAGAGAUUAAGGUGAUUGCAGGAAAGGAGGAGGAAUAUGUUAGCCUUGAAACGGCUGGCAUUUUGUAAGGGCAAGGAUGACAGUUAAAUAUACAUGUGAUUAUUGUCCUUCCCCUCACAAAUGCUUGUAUGAUGGGUGUACAAAAUGUAGCAUUCCUUGCCAGGCAUGGAGUCAAUCUAUUUAAUCAUCUGGGAGAUACUGUAUAUCACAGAAGAAUGUGCGAUAUAAAUGUAUGAUUAUAUUUAUCAUUAUUGUUAUCAUUAUAGUGAUGAGAAGAACUAGGUGUUCUUUAGUACAAAUGAUGAUUGCAUGCAGCUGAGGGUAGCUUCUACAAAACUACAGGAAAAGAGACUAAUAUUAUCAAGACACAAGUACACAUGAUCAUUGCUUGGACUCUUUGUAGGAUGUCUAUUUUUUUUUUUUAUGGCUGACUCCAGCCAUGGAACAACUGUGUUUACAUCUGUUUGCUAUUUCUCUCCAUACAGGUUUAAAAAUGAUUGCCCCUCAGGGAAGCCCAAGGUUGUCAAUGUGGAAGCUCAAUCAAAAAUCAAUUUUGUGUGUCCAAAUGUAGCCACUCUCAUGGAUUCAACUUUGGGGGAAGUUACAAAAACAAACAAGUAUGAGAAUCUUUGGCUGGUACACAACAGUGCUGCCUUCAACAGUUGUGAUGUUACCCAGGAUCCAAAGCAUUCCAUCCUCAUGCGCUGCGAAGACCCCACAUCACUUCAGUUCCGCACUGUCAUAUUCCAACGGCAUUCAGCUGAAAAUUCUCUUACUUUUCAGAAAGGAAAAUCCUAUUUCUUCAUCUGUAAGUGUCGAUGUUACUAAAAUCAUUGUUUUAAAAGUUAAACCUUAGUGAAAGUUGUCCAGUUUGUUGGAGUUCAUGUUCAUGUCAUUGUUUAUUGGGGUGGAGGAGAGGUUGAAUUCAUUUUUUAUCUUUAAAACAAGUGCAUAGUGAUUAUCAGUAGGAGAUGGGUGGUUCUAAUGGUUGGUGCACUGUAUUCUGGGUCAAGAGGCUCAGGUUUUUAGACCUGGCAGUGUUGUUGUGCUGUGUUCUUGGCCAAAACACUUUACUGUUACAGUGUGCUUCACAGCCCAGGAACUUAAAGGGGUACCAGUGAAUUGUCAGAGAAGUCUGAUGAAAUGCUAGAGGGUUAGCUUCUAUGAAGGAUUUGUCAAAAAUAUUUUUAAAUUUAGAUGCUCAUUGUGCAUGGAUGGAUUUUUCAUACAGUAUUUGAAAUUGUAUACAGAAAUACUACUCAGUACCAAUUUUUAAAGGCAGUCUUUAGAAAAUAAAUAUAUGGCUUCAGAUGAUAGACACAACUUACAUUUAUUUGAUUAUUUACUCUUAAGCCACAUAUAUGUGUUAUUUCAGUUGAACUGUUGAUACAUCUACCCCUGACCAGAUAUUUUUUUAUGUAGAUGUUCUUUGUAAGCUAUUAGGGUAAAUUGUUUGAUAGGCUUAAAGCUAAAGUUGUAGUUUCAAAAGAAUUAUCCAUUCGAAAUGCGUUUGGCUUUGCUAUUUUCAAAAUAUAGCCCAUUACAGACUUUGAGGAAGUUGUGUAUUCAAAUGAGAACAUAUUGCUAUGUCCAAAAUUAAGUAUUUUGUUUCACUUCCUUGUUUUAAAGAGUUGUUUCUUUGGAUUUUUGGUCAUGGAAAGUAAGAAAUGUGAAGGUUAUGCAAUAUAAAAAACAAUUCAGGAAUUAGAUUUAACAUUCUCAAGGUAAAACUUUCAUGUUAUAGUUAUUUUCACAAACAUGAAUAGGAAGUGUUGAGUCUCGGUUCAACUAAAAAUAGUUUUCAAAUGCAUCUGUUAAGUGUCACUCAAGUUGAAAAAAUUUGCAUAUCUGUUAGUCAAAACACCCCACCAGCAAUUCAUUGUACUCUUCAGGGGUCUUUCAAUAGAGGCUUUGUUUAAAUUUCCAAACCUUUUGAGAAGAUUUGGAAACUUUCCAUCAAUUACCUAAAACUUUGAAUUUUAAACAAAGGAUAUGACGGGUGGUUGAAAAGUGAAGAUACAAAAUAAUGCCGCAGAUGGUGGUUAGAGGCCUUACACAUAUAAGUUGCUGCAGCAGCAGUAGACUUCCUAACAUUCAAAUGCUUAAAGAGAAGAUUAUUUAAGUGAUAAACGAAUGAAAAGAUGAAAAAUAAUAAUUAGCCUAAAACACAGAAACAGAAAAGAAUAGAAGACAUGUUUCUAUUAAUAGUUAUUUUGUACAGCAUUUUCCUCAGGGGUAUCUCGAACUCUAGACUUUAAAACUUUCCAAAGUACUGUAGUAUGUUGAGAGAACAGGAAAGGAAGGCUAUUUGAAUGGGUCCCAUAUAAAGCAUGUGCCUGUGCCAAAUCAAGAGACUAUCCUGCUCCAAUUGACAACUCAAUUGCAUGUUGCAGUGCUUCUGUUCUGUUAUAAAUCACAGGUGACGCAAAAUAUGGUUACUAAAACAUGGCACAUUAGGUGCAGCUGAGUGCGUCACUGAUGUUCUCACCACAUUUUGGCGUCUUCCAUGAUCUACAUUUAUUACUGAAAAGAUCCAUGGAAACAUGGAAUCUAAUUAUAUAUUUUACAUAAUAAAGAUUAGCUAAAAGCCGUGAAUGCAUGAUGAUGUUGUCUUUGCAUCUGUUGUCUAGAAGAUUGUGAGACUGUAAGAACCAAUCAAAAUGUGUGUAUUAAUCAACUUAUUAAAAUCCAGAUAGAAAGAAAAACUGUUUAUUAGCAAUGGAGGGCUUAAUCUCCCACACUUUUGAGAUCCUGGUUUUUAAUAUUAUCAGGUUAGGGGUAGAGAGUUGCCAGUCUUAGAUUUACAGCACAGUGUUUGCUAACUCUUUUUUUCUUCACCAACAGCAACAUGCAAUGGAAAGUUUUCCUCGGUGAACAGCACAAAAGGAGGACACUGUAAUGGAACAGAAAGUGGUGGCUUCUUGAAAAUUGAAAUGCAUGUUUGUCAGGAUGGAGGUAAAAUGAUAAAGAAUUUUUUUGUAGUUAAAUUUAAUAUUCCAUUUUUGGCUCAAAUACAUUUGAGGAUGAAAGACAAGAGUUUGAGUUCAGACUUAAGCCAAGAUAAAGGUGUGUAAUAAUGACAGCCAUUAAUGGUCACCAUUUAUGAAACCUCAGUUAAAUCACAAGGAACUCCUGUGGAAUGAACCACUAGAGAUGACAAAUCGCCAAGGUCUAUGCCUUUAUUAUUUAAACCCUCUUGAUCUCAUCAUUUGAUAUACUAAUGCACAAUUUAACUCCCAUGAGUAACUUACUAAAGACAGAAUUUAUUGUUACAAUAUCAGUCAGGGGUUUCACUAACAUUUUCAGAAGCAGGGCAACUGGUUUUCACAGGCAGGCUAAAGUUUUUGAACUGAACUUCUCUAUUAGCGAAACUUUUCUCAAGAUGAUCAAACCCAGUGGGCAAAGCCAUCCUCACAACCAGUUAAUUUGCCUGGAGUGUCUAGCCCUCAAUGAAACCUUUUAUAUCAAUACAAUAUCAAUCACACAAGUGACAAGUGAUGAGAAUAAAGUAAAAUAUCAAUUUGCUGUUUAUGUCAUGAGAAUUGUAUGGUAGACUGAAAGGAUAAUUACUAAAUGAGAUCUUGAGGAGAGUUGAGUAUUUUUGUAGUGAAAACUGCUGUUAGUAACAAUUUAAAAUUAUUCCAGUGGGGAUGUUAUCAUGAAAUGACUUUCAGUUCUCAAAAAUGGGCAACAAAGAAGAUUGUCAUGUCUUUCAGAUCACGAUGGUCAGAGGGAUUAUCAGUAACAUUCCUGACUAGUUCGGUUUUUCUACAAAGGUCUUUGUCUACUUCAGCACAACCACAAAAUGAACAUCUAACAUACAGGAAAUCAUAUUUCAUGCCUCUUGAAAAUCUGAACCUAAAUUUAGUGGUAGUCAUUUGUAUUGUGGGUGGUUACUUCUAUUCCUUACCAUCCCUUGGUUCCUUUUCAAUUUAUUUUUGUCCAAACACUUGUCUUCACUUGUCUUCACUUGUCUGGUAGACUACAACUUAUUAUUAUUGGGUUUCCUUUAAGAUGUUGUUCCCUCAUUGAAAGUCCUAGUCAAGUGAUUAAUUAAGUUGCGCUUUGUACGAUUAAUAUGUGAAGAUCAAAGAUCAACUUGGGCAUCAGUAAUAUUUACAUUUAUUUGAAUUCCUUGGCUUAGUUUUCCUUUAUUGCCAGUCUUUUUUUACUCAAUUAUCUUUUCUUUUUUGAGUUUUUCUUUUUUGUUGAUUGAAAACAACACAACAUCUUGUGAUCAAUAUUGGAAAUGUUAACUUUUGCAUAUAUCUAUAUCUAUGUUUGAUGAUAUAUGCUGCCAGAAUAUAUCAGCGGCAAUCCCUAGAUAUUAAUAGCAAUCAAUUCAAUACCAAGUGAUAUGGUUCUUGGGUCAGUGAUUAGAUGAUUUCAUAACUGAACAUUCAUUUUCAAUGAUUUAUGGAACCAGAAAGUUAUGUCUAACUUAAACAAAGGAAUGAUUUUCAUUGGUGUAUCUUUACACAUGAGAAAAUGAAAGAUUAAAAAAAUUGUCAAGGACAAAAAGUAACACCUUAUAUUUCAUCAAUAUCAGAAGAGCUAAGAGGCAGAAGCCUUCAGUUUCACUGCACAAGGGGAAAGGAAGAAUUGGUUUGAUCACUUCCCUUCCAUCACUAUCAUUUUACAACCUAUUUACAAUUGCUGUUUAAAGACUCAGGGAUUGAAAUAUGGGAUAUGCCAUGAAGGGUUACGUGAUGGGUUUUAAUGGUGCAACACAUCCCAAACCAUGUGGUAGGAUUACAAUAUCUGACAACUGUUAUGAGAUUUCAUUUUGCAAUUAGUUCUGUUAUUGUUGUUAGGUGAGAAUAGACUUAAAAAAUGCUGAAGGAUAUUAACCUUUUGACUCUGACAAAGGGCCAAUGCUUUAAUCAUCAGCUAAUAAACACUCCUUACAAUGGUGAAUUUAGGUUAUCAACUCAGUUGAUAAAAACAAAUUAUAUUUUUAACCCCCUCCCCCCCCCCACUCCCUUCCAAUGCAGCAUCACAGUUGUUUUUGAAACUUCCCCCUUUUUACUUUUUGACAAGUUUGAUGAUGAUCUAUGCUUCUGGUAAAACUGUAGAUACCAAAGAUGGAUUUUCUCAAAUUAGGCUGUUUACUGUGAACUACAUGUUAAUUUAUUUCUGGAAAAAUCACUUUAGUUGAACCUACAUGUUACUAGCUUCCUUUGGUGUAAUCAGUUGCAAUGUGUUUGGUCUUUAGAUACUGCUUGCCUUGAGAAUGUUGGCAAGCCACAUUGCCGGAAAGAGCCUUCACCUUCUUAUUCAACAAUUGUAACACCUUCAGCAACUCUAAAACCCUCUUCAACUGUUGGAAAGGAGAUAGUGUCCACUUCAAGUGUUGUGCACACUGAGACAAGUAUUCUGCCCACCACUGUUUCUUGCAACACACAGGGAGAAUGUACUGCAACAGAAACAAAAACUGUUGCAGUUUCAUCACACACUCAGUCUCCCACUGAAGGGGGCAGUGCAGCGCCGUUCUUAGGAAAGAAAGGGGCUCGAGAUUCUGAAAGUGAAGAUGAUGAGAGAAGUAAGUGCAGAUUAUGUAUGUAGAUAAUGCACGUGCACGUGCAAGGUUAUCUGAGAAGUCACAAAGGUAUUGAUUUCUGGACAUAAAUAUGUUCUUUCUUUUUUCUUACAGAAAAAUGGAAGAUUAGCACAAUGGUUUUAGUUGCUGUAGUUAUCAUUGCUGUGAUUUGCUUUAUUGUUUACCGUUUUUUUUGGUAGGUAUUUUUAAAUGUAGAAACCUCACUUGCAAAUUUCAGUACUGUACAGUAAUUGUAAAUUUUUCCUUUGAGUGGAUGUAAAUAAGUCUCCUCAGCCCCAUUUUUAGUGGAAAUUUUUAAAAUUACACAUAUUUCCUAGUUACAUCUACAUUUGUAGGAAAGCUUGUUGACACUGAAGGAAAAGGUGACAGGUCAGAUUCAAAUGAUCAGAUCUGGUAUCCAUUCAAGAGAUAAGACCUAUGUCAGUAUCAGAGCAACUGAGCAUCUACCCCUCCCCCUGACCCAUCUACCCCUCCCCCUAACCCAUCUACCCCUCCCCCUAACCCAUCUACCCCUCCCCCUAACCCAUCUACCCCUCCCCCUAACCCACCUACCCCUCUCCCUUACCCAGCAACAGGCAACUGAUAUCAAAUUAGGGUUAAUGUUGGGUCAAGGGGGGGUUAGGUGUGUGGUUCCUUAGAUACUAACAUUAAUCCAAGAGAUUAAUGGCUGUAGAAGGACAAAUGUUGGUGUGUUCAUAUCUGUUAGUGUACCUGUAUUUGUGAUUCAGUUAAUCCUUGGAUCAAAUGUCUUUAUUCCCAUGCAAAUCAUCAGCAACUGCAGACAUAAUUGAUGCAGUUUCAUUUUCAUCCAUCAUUGCAUUUAUCAACAGGAUAGAUAAGCUUUUUUACUCAACAUCAAGGCAAACCACCUUUGAAAUAUUUAUGUAGGCUAACAUUUGCCUCUCUAUUGGAACUUCAUAAAUAUUUGUACUAUACACUGUAUACAUAUACUGUAGUUAUCCUUGUAUGGUUAUCACUUUGUUAGACAUUGUGGUGCAUUCUGCAGACUACAGGGAAUUUUGGAGAGCUGUAAUGUAUCUUAGCCCGCUUGCAUAUUUACGUUUUUGUUCCAAGUUUUUUUUCUUUUUAUAGUUUUCAGUUUUUAUUUUAUCAAUGCCUUCCAAAGUGAUAAUAGUACUACUGACGAUUAAUGUUCUGGGAUAUAAACAUUUUUGGGCCUUUCUUAGAGUCAUUUUAACCUGAGGCGAGCCCAAAACAUAUAAUGCCUGCAGACAUAAACUCUGACUAUUGAUUUGUUGUUAUAAUUUAAAUUGUUCAAACAAAAUUUGAUUCCAUGUCUUAGUGGUGAGUUGACAAGUUCAGCUGCCACAAAAGCACCCUUAGGAUAUUUUUAUUUCGUUUUACUCUACUUUUCUUUUCAUGUGUAAAGCCCCUUAAACUCUUAAAAUUCUACGCAGGAAAAAGAAAAUGAAGUGCCCGUAUCAGUAUGACGUGAAAGUGGAACCGUCCAAUGGUUAUGGUAUGAAAAAUGAUGGUUUUAAAAGUGAGACUGAUGAUAACUCGCUUAAAAGAGAUGUAUCACCACCGGACUUCAAUGAAAAGGGUAGCCUCGAAAUAAGAAAUGGUGGCCCGUAUCAGUAUGAGGUGAAAGUGGAACCGUCCAAUGGCUAUGGUAUGAAAAAUGAUGGUUUUAAAAGCGAGACUGAUGAUAACUCGCUUAAAAGA